AGCGACCGGCCGUGACGCAACUUCCGCCGCCCGGGGAGCAGCAUGGCGGAAGCGGAGCAGGAGCCGCUCGCCUCGCCUCAGAGCGAGGGCCGAAGCGAGGGUGGGGAGGAAGCACCAGAAGGAGGACCUACAGCUGGGGCUACCGAGCCGGCUCCCCCUCCGGCCGGCUCACCGGGCACGGAGGAGCCGGCCGGCGACACGAAGAAGAAAAUUGAUGUCCUGCUGAAGGCCGUGGGUGACACGCCGAUUAUGAAGACCAAGAAGUGGGCUGUGGAGCGGACCCGGACAAUCCAGAGUCUAGUUGACUUCAUCAAGAAGUUCCUCAAGCUGAUGGCCUCCGAGCAGCUGUUCAUAUAUGUAAACCAGUCUUUCGCUCCAUCUCCAGACCAGGAAGUUGGGACCCUCUAUGAGUGUUUUGGAAGUGAUGGCAAACUUGUACUGCAUUACUGCAAAACUCAGGCAUGGGGAUGAGUGACAGUACAGUUGAGGUGGUGUCUUCACAAAAGGAAAAGAGACUAAUUUCCUUAAGCUCAACCUGUAAACACAGAAGGAUUUUUGCAUUUCUGCUUAUGACUGUACACUUACAACAACAAUGCAAAGAGCACAAAAGAAGAGCUACCUAUAUCUGAGGUGCAGAAAAAAUUCUGCAUCUGCCCUCUAUAGAGUAGAGGCAGCUCUCUUGUUGCUGAGUUCUCUGUUGCUGUAUCUGAAGAGAAAAUUUCCUAGGUGUGUGGAGGACUGACUGGAUAGCGGUCACUGUAUGCUGUACUGAAGAAAAAUGUUCCUUUUAAUAAAAAGAGAUGUUUACUGUG